CGUGAUCAAUGGCACGCACGAGAUCGAGGGAGCCUCCAUCCUAAUCUUGUGCUGACCGGGUCGCAAACAGAGCCCAUAAACGACGCGGGCCUCCGCGGUCGCCUGCACCAGAUCAGAUAACCCUAACCCUCGCUCUACUUCCAGCUCGAAGCCGCACUCAUUGCUCGAUCGACCGUCCCGUCUCGGCUCCUGGGAAUUGGGGGAAUCCAACCCCAACCCAUCUCCUCUCUCCCCCCACCUUCCCAGCCUCGAUCCCAAGCCCCGAAUCGACCCCACUGCACCGACCACGAGAGGAAGGACGCGAUCGAUCGAGCCCUAAAUCCAUCCUCCAUGGCCGCGCCCACCCCGACCCCAAUUCCCCUCGCCCAAAUCGAAUCGUCCACGGCUUCCCCUGCCGCUGCUGCGGUUGCUGCUGCUGCUGCUGCCGCCGCUCCUCCCCCGUCCAAGCUCCCCAUCAAGCGCAAGAAGACUCCCCAGCCACACUCCCAAGAACAGGCACAGCCCCACCUCUCCUCCCCCGACCCCCUCCUCGUUCCCGCCCCUUCCUCCUCCUCCUCGGAUCCACCCCUCGCCGCUGACCAGGGCUUCGACGAGGACGACGACUACGAUGAUGGCGACGACGACUACGGCGCCGCAGCGGCCGCCGGGUCAGCCGCCCCGAUCGACGUGCGAGCCGGCGGGGCUUCGGCUGCCGCGGCCCCUCCCUUCCGGUUCCAGCGCGUGUGGUCGGAGUCGGACGAGAUCCGGUUCCUCCAGGGCCUCCUGGGCUGCUGGUCGCAGGGCCUGGUUUUCCCUCGCGACCUCAACCUUUUCUUCGACCGCUUCUCCGAGUCCAUGCCCCAGCCUUACACCCGGUCGCAGCUCUCCGAGAAGCUCCGCCGCCUCCGCAAGAAGUUCCGCGUCAUGUCCUCCCGCAUCGCCCGCGGCCAGGACCCCGCCCGCCUCGCCCCCCACGACCGCGACGUCCUCCACCUCUGCACCCGCCUCUGGCACCCCUCCUACGCCGCCUCGUCCCCCUUUUCGGCCCCCGACGCCCUCGCCCCCGGCAGUGGCGGCAACAAGCGCCGCCGCCCCAACCCGCGGGCCCCCACUGGCCAGGCCCGCCCCGACAACCCGCCUCCCUUUCCCGCCCCUCCUCCUCCUCCUCCUCCCGCACCUAUCGCCACCCUAACACCUCCUCCACCCCUUCUUGCUCUUCCUCCUCCUACCGACGAAAAGGUGGCCUGCAUUGGUGCGGGCACCUCCGUGAACGCACUUCAUCCUGUACUGGAAAACGAAGAAAAGGAGGUGAAGGUGGAGAAAGAGGAGAAGCCUCUGUCGGGGGUGGGUAGGGAUGAGGUUGCUCCUGGCAUCGAUGUGCCAAGGCAUCUGUUGGCGAAAACCAUCUUGGAUGUGUUUGAUGCGUGCCUCAACGAGUUCAAGGUGACCGUGGCAGGGCAGGGGCUCGUUUUCCCAGGCGGCUCUGCUUCGUCCGGUGCCGCUGGUAGGAGUGACCUGGAGCAGAGAUGGCGGGAGCAGCGGGUCACCGAGCUGGACGUCUUGGGCAGGCGCUUGAGGUUGGUUCUCGAGAAAACCAUCCAGAAUUGAACAGUCUGCAGGGAAAGACAACUAAUUUGGAUUCUCCUCUGCUAGGAUGUGUUAUUAGCUUCCAGUACCGUUUAUUUAUGCGUUGCUUUACGAGUUUGUACAUCGUCGUAUCCGUAGUUCAUGUAGUUCUUGCGUCUUAAUAUCAAAUGUUUGUCUUUGUGGGUUGCAGCAGAAUCUAAUUUUGUUUGCAUGAAUGAUUGCUUUACCUUUA